GACAAGUACUUGUCAUUUUGCUUCCAUGCGCGACCAUGAGCGACAUGUCAGCGGAAGAGAUGCGGGGCAUCGCCAAAGAGGCGCUGAUUUAUGGAUGGCCGCUGUGUGAGAACUACAAUGUGCUCUAUGCCUACUGUCUUGACAAGACACACAAGGACUACAAGGCGCCCUUCAAUGAGAUCUUCAAUGUGGCCCAAGUCUUCACACCGGAGGACACAGCGGUCAUCACCCCCAACAGCGAUACACCUUACAGUUGGCUUUGGAUGGACCUCCGCGCCGAGCCGGUGGUCGUCACCCUGCCAGCCGUGGAGGAGGAUCGCUACUAUUCCGUCCAGCUCGUGGACCUUUACACGCACAAUUUUGCCUACCUGGGAACGCGCUGCACUGGAAACCGAGGUGGCAGCUUCAUGAUCACCGGCCCGGGCUGGACGGACGGCGGCUACAGCGGAGCCUCUGCGCCGCUGAAAGUGGAUCGGAGCAUCGCGUGCGAGACGCCCUUUGCGCUGGCGGUGGUGCGGACACAGCUGAAGGGCCCUGAUGACCUGGAUCGGGUGAAGGAGAUUCAGAAGGGCUACAAGGUGGCCACCCUCAGCCAAGCGUUGGGGAAGCCGAGUCCCAGUCCAGCGAAACCAGUCGCAUGGCCCAAGACUGACAAGGCCAUGAUCAUGACGACGCAGAUGUUCGAGAUUCUCGACUUCCUUUUGAGUCUCUUGCCGUUGCAUGGCAGUGAGAUGGUGCUCCGGCAACGCCUCCUGAAGCUGGGCUUGGGCACCGGAAGCUUCCAGCUGAAGACCAGCUCGCCCGAGUUGCAGAGCGCGCUGGAGCUGGGGAUGAAGGAUGGAUGGGCUGAGUACGAGGAGGUCAUCGAGAAGGGCUUCGCACAGGGCCGGAUGACCAGCGGGGACCUCUUUGGCACCCGGGAGUUCUUGAAGAAUGAGUACAUCCGACGCUUUGGAGGUGCGAAGCUGGGGAUCUACGGGAACUCCAGGGAGGAGGCCAUGUAUCCACUCUACAAGACCUUAGAUGGGGAGGUGCUGGACGCUUCCAAGUGCUCAUACCAAAUGGUUCUGAGCAAAGAAGAUCAACAGAUCGCAAAGUCGUUCUGGUCCUUGACCAUGUAUGAUGGCAAGACACAGCUGCUGUCGGAGAACCCACUGAAGCGUUACUUGUUGAACAGCCCCAUGCUCUCGUCGAUGAAGACCGCGGAGGACGGCUCGGUGACCUUGCACAUCAGCGCCCAGUCGCCGGGGCCCGGUGAAGAGAGCAACUGGCUGCCAGCGCCCAAGGGACCCUUCUACUUGGUUUUGCGGCUCUACCUCCCCAAGGUGGAGGCUUAUGAUGGUACGUGGCAUCAACCAAAGUUGCUGCGCGUGUGAACCUGAGAGAUCUAAGUUCAGCACGUAUCCGAAACACCGUGGAUCCCAGAAGUGUUUUCCGCAAGGAGCAAUGGCGUGGCAGGAGGAA